CUCCGCCUGCUCCUGCCGCCGCUUCCGCCGCUGCCGCCGCCGCUUUCCUGGCCGCCUCUCUCGGCUCUGCUUCGGUCCCUGAUCCGCUCCCGCUUCGGUCUCGCGUCGUCGCCACCGCCAUCAUGAACAAGAAGAAGAAGCCGUUCCUGGGCAUGCCUGCGCCCCUGGGCUACGUGCCGGGGCUGGGCCGCGGGGCCACGGGUUUCACCACCCGCUCCGAUAUCGGCCCUGCCCGCGAUGCCAACGACCCCGUGGACGACCGGCACGCCCCGCCGGGCAAGAGGACUGUGGGGGACCAGAUGAAGAAGAACCAGACCGCAGAUGAUGACGAUGAGGAUUUGAACGACACCAACUACGAUGAGUUCAAUGGCUACGCUGGGAGCCUGUUCUCAAGCGGCCCCUAUGAAAAAGACGAUGAAGAAGCUGAUGCUAUUUAUGCAGCUUUGGAUAAGAGGAUGGAUGAACGCCGGAAAGAGAGGAGGGAACAACGAGAAAAAGAGGAAAUCGAAAAAUACCGUAUGGAACGACCCAAAAUUCAACAGCAGUUCUCAGACUUGAAAAGGAAGUUAGCAGAGGUCACCGAGGAGGAGUGGCUGAGUAUUCCCGAGGUUGGGGAUGCCAGGAACAAGAGGCAGAGGAAUCCUCGUUAUGAGAAGCUGACUCCUGUCCCUGACAGCUUCUUUGCAAAGCAUUUGCAGUCAGGGGAGAAUCACACCUCCGUGGACCCACGCCAGACUCAAUUUGGUGGGCUGAAUACUCCAUAUCCAGGGGGUUUGAAUACUCCAUACCCAGGAGGAAUGACACCAGGCUUGAUGACACCAGGGACAGGUGAAUUGGAUAUGAGGAAGAUUGGCCAAGCCAGGAACACCUUGAUGGAUAUGAGGCUCAGCCAGGUGUCGGACUCUGUGAGUGGCCAGACUGUAGUGGACCCAAAAGGAUAUUUGACAGACUUGAAUUCCAUGAUUCCCACACACGGAGGAGAUAUCAAUGAUAUCAAAAAAGCCCGUUUGCUCCUGAAAUCUGUCCGAGAGACCAAUCCUCACCAUCCCCCAGCCUGGAUAGCAUCAGCCCGACUGGAGGAGGUCACUGGCAAACUCCAGGUGGCUCGAAACCUCAUCAUGAAAGGAACAGAGAUGUGCCCUAAGAGUGAAGACGUUUGGUUGGAAGCUGCUCGGCUCCAGCCUGGAGACACAGCCAAGGCUGUUGUGGCCCAGGCUGUGCGGCACCUGCCCCAGUCUGUGCGCAUCUACAUCAGAGCAGCAGAGCUGGAGACAGACAUCCGUGCCAAGAAACGUGUCCUUAGGAAAGCCCUUGAGCAUGUUCCAAACUCGGUGCGUUUGUGGAAAGCAGCCGUGGAGCUGGAGGAACCUGAGGAUGCCAGGAUCAUGCUGAGCCGAGCUGUGGAAUGCUGUCCAACCAGCGUUGAACUGUGGCUGGCGCUGGCAAGGCUGGAGACAUAUGAGAACGCUCGAAAAGUCCUGAACAAAGCCCGGGAGAAUAUCCCGACGGAUCGGCACAUCUGGAUCACUGCUGCCAAACUGGAGGAAGCCAAUGGAAACACCCAGAUGGUGGAGAAAAUCAUUGACAGAGCCAUCACCUCUCUUAGGGCUAACGGUGUGGAAAUCAACAGGGAGCAGUGGAUACAGGAUGCCGAGGAAUGUGAUAAAGCUGGAAGUGUGGCCACAUGCCAGGCAAUCAUGAGAGCUGUGAUUGGGAUUGGGAUCGAGGAAGAAGAUCGGAAACACACCUGGAUGGAAGAUGCAGACAGUUGUGUUGCUCAUAAUGCCCUGGAGUGUGCCCGAGCCAUUUAUGCCUAUGCCUUGCAAGUCUUCCCGAGCAAGAAGAGCGUGUGGCUGCGAGCAGCCUACUUUGAGAAGAACCAUGGAACCAGAGAAUCCUUGGAGGCUCUUUUGCAGAGAGCUGUUGCUCAUUGUCCCAAAGCAGAGGUGCUGUGGCUCAUGGGAGCCAAAUCCAAGUGGCUGGCGGGAGAUGUGCCAGCAGCCAGAAGCAUCCUGGCCCUUGCUUUCCAGGCCAACCCCAACAGCGAGGAGAUCUGGCUGGCUGCCGUGAAGCUCGAGUCGGAGAACAAUGAGUACGAAAGAGCGAGGAGGCUGCUGGCAAAGGCUCGCAGCAGUGCCCCCACAGCAAGGGUCUUCAUGAAGUCUGUGAAGUUGGAAUGGGUGCUUGGGAACAUUGCAGCAGCCCAGGAGCUCUGUGAGGAAGCUCUGAAGCACUAUGAGGACUUUCCCAAACUGUGGAUGAUGAAAGGACAAAUUGAGGAACAAAAAGAGCUGGUAGAGAAAGCACGGGAGGCUUAUAAUCAAGGGUUGAAGAAGUGCCCCCAUUCCAUACCCCUGUGGCUUUUGCUGUCGAGGCUGGAGGAGAAAGUUGGGCAGCUGACUAGAGCAAGAGCCAUCUUGGAAAAGUCUCGCCUAAAGAAUCCAAAGAAUCCAGAUCUCUGGUUGGAGUCUGUGCGCUUGGAGUACCGAGCUGGGCUGAAGAACAUUGCAAACACCCUGAUGGCCAAGGCACUGCAGGAGUGCCCCAAUUCAGGAAUCCUGUGGUCAGAAGCAAUUUUCCUUGAAGCACGACCGCAACGAAAGACCAAGAGCGUGGAUGCUCUCAAGAAGUGUGAACAUGACCCACAUGUCCUGCUGGCUGUGGCCAAGCUGUUCUGGAGCGAGCGUAAAAUAACCAAGGCCAGAGAGUGGUUCCACCGCACAGUGAAGAUAGACUCUGACCUGGGGGAUGCCUGGGCCUUCUUUUACAAGUUUGAGCUCCAGCAUGGCACAGAGGAACAACAAGAAGAGGUGAGGAAGCGCUGUGAGAAUGCCGAACCUCGCCACGGAGAGCUCUGGUGUGAUAUCUCCAAGGACAUAGAGAAUUGGCAGAAAAAGAUUGGAGAGAUUCUUGUGCUUGUGGCAGCCAAGCUGAAAAACACCUUCUAGAAUGUGCUGGCCUCAGCUGCCUCAGAGAUCCCUGUAGGACUUAACCUGCUCGUGGUGCAUUUGCCCUUUCAGUGGCACGGAUUUUGAAGGACAGGACAUGGAUGAUGAUAGGAAAGAGCUUUCUCCCAAAAGGAAGAGCUGCUUCCUUCUUUCCCCAGCAUGACCAUCAGCUUCUGCAGCACGUGGGAACAUUGUAGUUGGUGUCACAUAGGAGACAGGAGGGGUCUUGUGAGGCUCUGUUGGCAUUUCCAUGUUGAUUCCUGAUUCCCCCUGCAAACACAAGCUUUAGUUAGCGCUUGUAUGGAUUCUGACAUGUGGCAGUCCCUCUGUUCUUGGCCCUGGCAUGUGUUCCCUGUCCCCCUUUAGUGUUUGGCCCAAGUAAUGUUGGUUCCUUGUUAGCAGAUCUGGGUUGUUGCUGUUGGAAUGUACUGAGUGUCCUUGAAGGAGAUGGGUGGAGUUUUGGGAGCAGCCCAGCAGCACAGGGAAAGGUCUGGGCUAGCUCCUCUUCUUUAGGUGCUUUAGUUUGGUCUCUGCUAACAAGCUGCUGCACAGCUUGGAGGUGUUCUCCAACCUGAGCAGCUAGAGCAUUUUGUCAAAUUCAAAAGCAUAUUUUUAAAGAACUUUUCCUCAAUUUUUGAAUGUAUAUAGUAAAGCUUAUUCUUUUAGGUGUCUGAGUUCAUUAAGCACAGUGGUGGUUUAAAGUAACAAGGCAAAACUCAGCAAUCCCUGAAAGCCCUUUUGAAGGAAGAACAUUUAUUUAGAGUUUUUGGGAGACUGUGCUGUUACACAGCUGUGACUGCCUGUGGCUGAGAGGUUUGAUUUCUGUCUCCAAGUGCAGAUAGAAAAAAGCAAACUCAAGAGAGGGAAAGCUUUGUGUUUGGGACCCUUUGUACACUGUCUUCAAUUUUCGACACUUGUGAUGUGUACUAUUUUUACCCCAACCUCCUGACUUUCUUGUGAUCAUAGAAUGAGAAGCUAUACUCUCUUACACCUGAGGCUAUAGCAGCUGUAUCCAGGUCUGUGGAUGUGCAUUAUCACAUGUAUUUAGUUGGAGGAGAAACUCCCUUAUUACUUGUUGGAGAAUAUGUAUAAAAUACAGCUUUUUUUUUUUGUUUC